AUGCCACGCCACACAUUGCGAUGGACAACCAUCCUCGCCCUAAUCUCCCCAAUCACCGCUCAACAAAUCGGCAGCAUACCAGAAACUCACCCCAAACUGCGCACCUACCAAUGCAGCCACGCCCACGGCUGCGUCGAGCAAAACAGCUCGCUGGUCCUCGACGCGCUCGCGCACCCAAUGCACAAAGCAGACAACACCAGCGUCUCAUGCACGAACUGGAAAGCCGCCUGCGCGAGCGCAGAAGAAUGUGCCCAGGCGUGCGUGAUUGAAGGCGCGGAUUACGAAGCGCAUGGAGUCCGGACGGACGGAGACGCGCUUACAUUGCGGAAUUAUAUGCCCUCUGCGGAGGGAUACGAGGCGAUGUCGCCGCGGGUAUAUCUGCUUGAUGAGGCGGGGCAGGAGUACGAUCUGCUGAAGCUUUUGAACCGGGAGGUUAGCUUUGAUGUUGAUGUUUCGGAUUUGGGGUGUGGGAUGAACGGGGCGCUUUAUUUGUCGGAGAUGAUGCAGAGCGGGGGCAGGAGUGAGUUGAAUCCUGCUGGGGCGCAGUAUGGGACUGGGUAUUGUGAUACGCAGUGUUUUCAUCCGGCGUGGAUUAACGGGGUGGCUAACGUGCAGGCGAAGGGGGCGUGUUGUGCGGAGAUGGAUCUGUGGGAGGCGAAUGCGGAGGCUACGGCGUUUACUCCUCACGCUUGUACGAAGGAGGGCCUUUAUGAGUGUGCUGGGGAUGAGUGUGGGACGGGGAGUGAAGGAGUUUGUGAUAAGAUUGGAUGCAGUUGGAAUCCGUACAAGAUGGGGAAUCAUAGUUUCUACGGACAGGGGAAGGUGGUUGAUACAGCGAGCGGCUUCACGGUGGUGACGCAGUUCGUGACAGACGAUGCUACGGACGAAGGCACAUUGCAGGAGGUUCGAAGAUUGUAUGUUCAGGGGGGUAAGGUUAUUCAGAAUGCUGCAGUCGCGAUUGACGGAAGGGAUGUGGUUGCGAUGACUGACGGGUUUUGUCAAGCGGAGUAUCCGGGUGUCUUCCAGACAAUGGGGGGCCUGAAGCCAAUUGGACGAGCUCUAGGGCGCGGCAUGGUGCUGGUCUUCAGUAUCUGGAAUGAUGCGGCCGACUACCUGAACUGGUUGGAUAGUGAUACCGCGGGGCCAUGCGAUUCCACUCAAGGGGAUCCGGAUCUUAUCAAGGAGGAGCACCCAGAGACCUCCGUGACAUUUUCAAACGUUCGCUGGGGAGAAAUCGACUCAACUUACGUGAGCUCAUGA